CGGAUACUCGAGGCUGCGACAUCCGCCAGAGGAGCCGUCGCCGCCGCCGCCGCCGCCAACGGACGCGGGAAGAAGCGAUGAAGGCCGGAGGCGCUCGGCGGGGUUGGGGCGUCGUCUGCCCUCUCUUGGCGCUCGCGUUCGGGCUGGCCACAGGCUUCUACCUCCCGGGGUUAGCGCCCGUCAGCUUCUGCGAACAGGCGAGCCUCUCGUGCAAGUCGGAUAUAGAAGUGUUUGUAAACAGAUUGGACUCAGUAGAAUCCGUCCUUCCUUAUGAAUAUGAUGCGUUUGACUUUUGUCAGAAUGAUACUGAGAGACGACCCUCUGAAAACUUGGGACAGGUAUUGUUUGGAGAGAGGAUAGAAUCAUCCCCUUAUAAGUUUGCAUUUAACAAACAUGAAGCAUGUACAGCAGUUUGUAUGAAACCCUAUGAUCCAAAAGAUAAAUCUUCUGUAGACAAGCUUUCUUUUAUAAAGAAAGGAAUUCUUCUGAAUUACCAACACCACUGGAUCAUUGAUAACAUGCCUGUCACGUGGUGCUACGAUGUUGAAGAUGGUCAAAAGUUUUGUAAUCCUGGAUUUCCAAUAGGAUGCUUUGUAACUCAAGAUGGUCACCCAAAAGAUGCCUGUGUGAUCAAUUCUGAAUUCAAUAAAAAAAACACCUACUACGUCUUCAAUCAUGUGGACAUCUUGAUUACAUAUCACAGUGGAAAUAAGGAGGAAUGGGAAGGUGCGAGACUGGUUGCAGCAAAAUUGGAACCAAAAAGUUACAACCAUGCUGAUUUAACCCAUCUGAAUUGUGGGGGACCUCCAAUGGAAAUUCCUGCUGAAGACAAAGAGAAGAAAGUGAAUAUUAUAUAUACUUAUUCUGUCACAUUUGCUGAAGACCACAAAGUAAAAUGGGCCUCCAGAUGGGAUUACAUAUUAGAAUCAAUGCCACAUACAAAUAUUCAGUGGUUCAGUAUUAUGAAUUCCCUUGUGAUUGUCCUCUUCCUUUCUGGUAUGGUGGCAAUGAUUAUGCUUCGAACCCUACACAAGGACAUUGCUAGAUACAACCAGAUCGAUUCUGCUGAGGAUGCUCAAGAGGAAUUUGGUUGGAAGCUGGUGCAUGGAGAUGUCUUCAGGCCUCCAAGGAAGGGGAUGCUUUUGUCAGUUUUCUUGGGUCAAGGAACACAAAUCUUCAUAAUGACCUUUAUUACGCUUUUCCUAGCAUGUCUUGGGUUCCUUUCACCUGCCAACCGGGGAGCAUUGAUGACGUGUGCUGUUGUUCUCUGGGUCUUGUUGGGGACGCCGGCAGGAUAUGUUUCUGCUAGAAUGUAUAAGACAUUUGGAGGGGAGAAGUGGAAGACCAAUGUUCUGCUGACCUGUUUUCUUUGUCCUGGGAUUGUUUUUAUUGAUUUCUUUCUCACAAAUCUCAUCCUUUGGGCAGAGGGAUCAUCUGCUGCCAUGCCUUUUGGUACACUGGUAGCAAUAUUAGCAAUGUGGUUUGGAAUUUCAGUGCCAUUGACAUUUGUUGGUGCUUAUUUUGGAUUUAAGAAAAGGCCUAUUGAUCAUCCUGUCCGCACAAAUCAAAUUCCACGUCAAAUCCCAGAGCAGUCUUUCUUCACAAAACCUUUACCUGGCAUAGUCAUGGGUGGCAUCCUGCCUUUUGGCUGCAUUUUCAUACAGCUGUUUUUUAUUCUGAACAGCAUCUGGUCUCAUCAGAUGUAUUAUAUGUUUGGUUUCCUGUUCUUGGUGUUCAUCAUUCUCCUCAUCACUUGUUCAGAAGCUACCAUUCUACUGUGUUAUUUCCACCUCUGUGCAGAGGAUUAUCACUGGUGGUGGAGAUCAUUUUUGACUAGCGGUUUUACAGCUGUCUACUUUUUUGUGUAUGCUGUUCAUUACUUCUUCUCUAAGCUCCAGAUUUCAGGGGCUGCAAGCACCAUUUUGUAUUUUGGAUACACCCUCAUAAUGGUCUUGAUCUUUUUCCUUUUUACAGGAACUAUUGGAUUCUUUGCCUGUUUCUGGUUUGUCAACAAGAUUUAUAGUGUUGUGAAGGUGGAUUAACAAUGGCUUGCACGUGGAACAGCACUGUUUGCAUUUUUCUUUCCAUUUAAGUAUUUAUCAUAAAGCUUUAUUUCCUGAACAUUUCUGCAAACCGUUGUUCAAUUCUAAUUGCAAAUCUAAGAUAAUGGCAAAAAUCAAAAUUUUAGUUAAUGACUACUAUGUAAUCGAGUAAUCAUGUAUUUCAGGGGAAAGUAAACAGUCAAGAAACACUGUUGGCUCAGUAGAUGGAUGUUCAACAAUAAACCAGCCAAUUUCAGAAAGUCCUUAGUCCAACAUAGAUUUUUUUUAAAUGUGUAUUUUGGGUUGUAGAAUGUGCAGUGUUUAUUCCAAAGAACGUUGUGCUCCAUUCUUUAUCUUUUGGCUCCAAAGCUUGUGCUUGAAGGAUUAUACUUGGAUCUACAGAUGAGCUAAUAAUUUUACUAAAAUCUUUUAAUUUCUCUAUUCAAAAUAUUUGCAAUAAUUUGAGAUUGUACAUACAGUCCAUAGUUUCCUUUCUAAUGUAAAUAGGUUGCAGUAACUUGUUUGAUAUAAUCUUUCUGUUUGAAGUUAGAAUCUCUUCCAAACAGCAAAGAUUUGACACUAUUUUCUGUGUAAUCUCUUGUACUGUGAUAUUUUGUAAAUAGACAUGAAAUUCAAAUUAAUUGAACAAUGAGUUUGUGUAAUUAUCCUGUUAUGUAGUACAGGUUGGUGGCUUUGUUAUCUAUCCGCAGUGCCUGAUUAUGUCUUGAACAUAUAUCUGUUCAAUAAACUUAAAAUUAAUCUUU